AUGUAUGAUCUCAUGGGUAUAAUAUAUUUUGGGAGUGGCCAUUUCAUGGCUCGAUUUGUGGAUAAACAUGGUGUCGUGUGGUUUCAGGAUGGGGCUGCUGCAGGGGGAUCAUUUGUGAAUGAAGGUUACCUGUGUGAUUAUUCAAAACAGGGAUUGUUGUUGAAGGGCAACAGGAGAGCAGGAAUAACUGUGUAUGUAUGGCGAGACGACACAGCCUGGCAGUUCUAG